ACUGCGUGAAAAGGGCGAGCACGUUGUAUAAAAGGACACGAGGAGCCCAGCCAGAGCACAGUUGAAACUAUAUUAUUUUAACCAGUUUUAAUAACAACAUGGGGGAAUUCCGUUCACUCCAGUUUCUGACACUUCUCCACAUUCUGCUAUGCUGUGCAUCUCUUCCUUUUAAGAAAAUGGAGUUUUUCAUCCAGCACACUUGGGACAGCGAGCCCGUGACUCAUGACCCCAUCAGGAUCGACUUCUCUCCCGGCCAAGGAGGGCUGAAGAUAGAGAUGUUCGGUCCCUUCUUCAAUGACCCGGCGGGCCCCGAUAGUCCCCCGAGCCAGGCCUUUCCCGGACUCUGGAAUUAUGAAGUUGUGGAGACCUUCUUCCUCGACAGCACCACCGUAAACUACCUGGAGGUGGAGUUUUGUCCACAUGGACAGCACCUGAUAUUAUUGCUAUCAGGAGUCGGCCAAGCAUUCCAGCAACAACUGCCCAUGGUGUUUAACGCCACCAUCAAAGGGGACCGGUGGAUGGGCGAGGCGCUCCUGCCCUGGUCAUACUUCCCUCCCAACAUCAACAAGAUGAACUGUUACGCAAUCCACGGCUCGGGGGAGGGGCGCACCUACGAGGCGCUGUACCCCGUCCCCAAGGACGAGCUGGCCGAGGGCCAGAAACCCAAUUUCCACCUCCUGCAGUAUUUCCAAAACUUCCGCCUGCAAAGCAUCAUGGGAGAAGAUUGGGUCCAGCCACAGUCCGAUCUGUGGAUAGGAAAGCCCUGAGCUCUUCAAAAGAACACUCCCUUGUCCUUUUGUCUCUCUUUUGCACACACACACACACACACACACGCAGGCACACACUCAUUGGUGGCAAACAAAGGGCAAUCAAUCUUUAUUAGUUAAUGACGCCAAACGAUAUGACAAGAAAUAUAUUAUCAGCUUGUCAGAGCGUAUUAGCCUCUACACACACACACACACACACCUUCCAUCCAUUUACACACACACACACAUCACAAGGUAUUGGACGUCAGCUUAAUUUGCCCGGGCAGAGCGUGACCUACAGCGGUUCUACUGCGGAUGAUUUGACACUUGGCUCCUGUGCGUUUCACUUUAGUGGAUAGAACACAGCCGGUCCUUGUGAUUCCUCGCCUUGUCUGUUCAGAGACACACACACACACACACACACACACACACACCAUUGAAGGGAAAAAUGUGUUCUUCAGCGAUCCGUUCUAAAGCUUUUUCAAUCAGCGUAGUACUGUAUAUGGAUCCCUAUUCAACCCUUUCACUUUCUUUAUUAAAUGCCUUUCACAAUUAAAUGUGUGUACAUGUCGACUACACACUCACCAUGAAGUGUAUUGUGUGUGUUGUUGACUCGCUUGUCACUUUAAUUGUGUUCCUGCUGUGUGAUUAUGUUUCAGUGCCAUGCAUUAAAGUAAUGUUCCUGCACUUUAAAAAAUAUGA